AUGAGUAAGGAAAAUUGCGGUACAGCAACCAAAGUAUUGGCUCCAACAAAUGUGACAUAUAAAUUUACGCCAUCUUCGACAUUGAAUUUUAGCUGGAAUGGACCCGCUAAAGCUCUUUAUUAUCUACAGUUUAGUAAUGUAACCGAUUUUGGUCAAGAGUUUUCUGAUUAUUUGAGUGAAAAUAGCAGUCUUACAAACUGGAGUGAAAAAUACGGUUCCUUUUGUGAUGAGCAGUUCUAUCGUCUAUAUUCAGUUUCAGUCGACGGUGUCAGCGAUUUCACAUCUAUCGAGAUACCGUCUCCAACUCCUCAAAUAAAUGCCACAUUGAAACUGACAUCAUUACGUUAUUUGGAUGUUCCAUACGAAGUCAGUUUUCAUCGAUCAAACGCCUCUUUAGAGAUUUCACUGGAGUACGAAAAAACCGAAUGGCCACUGGGUGACGAAGAUCUGAUUGUUACACCAAUGUUUCACAUGAUCAACUGCGAUAUUCCUGACCUUUCUUCUGCAAUACCACAGCCUACCUUUGAAAAAGGGACGAAACCUCGAACAUUAGUAGGCAUCGUGGGAGCUGACAUGAUGUACAGAAGGUGCCAGUUUCUAUAUUACCUUAAUGAGGUUAGCAGUCGUACUUGUGGAGAUGCUCAGGCACUUCAGAAUCCGGAUCUCAGCUCAAUGAGAACUCUAAAAAUCGAGUGCGGUAAUGUUGAAGGAGCCCCAUGUUCGCAAAACAUUAAAAGCAACCAACCACCUUUAUGUGGGCAAUUCGAACAGUUCCGGUACCAGAUUCUGAACAAGAAUAUUAAUGCACGGGAUUCGACAACAAAUAUCACAGUUAACGUUACAUUUCGGUCCACUCUAGCCGCAAAUAAAAAGCCUUUAUAUUUUGUUGCUUUUUAUGGCCAUGCUAAAGAGUUUGCUAGAGAAAUAGAGGCUGACUUAAUUGGAGUUGACUUGCUAAACGUUACUGGAAACGCUACAAACUGUCCGCGUUUUAAAAAAGAUGGCAACUGUGUGAUUGAAGUCAACUCCAUCAACGGUUCAAUUAUUAUAACUGAUCUUCGUAUGGAUGUCUUAUACGGCGUUACCAUAUGUGCCGUUAUGGAUGCAGAUAAUUUAGAUUUUCCUGUCUUUACGAACCAAACUCAAAAUUUUAAAUCGAAAGCCAGUAGAAUAUAUAUAGACUCAAGAGGUAAAACUAAGCGUAGAGUUUAAAA